GUGAUGCUUCCACCACUAAUAUGAAUGCAAUUAUUCGGUUAAGGCUAAUUUAGUCCAAACUCCGAUCCUCAAGCAACUCAGCAUGGCCUCCACGGGUCUCCUGGUCGUAUCCAACAUCAAGCAGCUGGGAAAAUCCCUACGAGCUAUCGAGAAGUACGUCAACUCCCUGUACAUCCACUUGAAUGUCGCGGGGUCAACGUCCACGUCCUCCUUGAGUCCAUGGGCACCAGCCACAGCUCCACCGCCUCCAGUUUGGGGUCGGCUCAUAUCCCAGGUGUAUGCAAACAGCAGCAGCUACGUAGGCAAACAGUUGGACCUAAGGAUACUCGUAUCGCCACUCCGACCAGGAGCCAGUGAUGCCCUGAGGCUGUGCAAACCUGUUGACCUUAUCUUCUCGGAUGCUCACUACCCAGACUUGUGCGAUCGGUUGCGGGCCGAUCUUAAAAUAAGCAAGCCCACCAUAUUUCUUGAGGAAGAUGCUACCUCAGAUCUAAGCUCCCAGAAAGACACUACAGAGACCCCUAAAACAUAUCCCUCGGUUGUCCUGGGCGGCACUUUUGACCGCAUACAUGUAGGCCACAAGAUAUUCCUUACGCAAGCAGUGCUGCGUAGUCGUAAACGUUUGGUAGUGGGCGUGACGACGGCCGCCAUGACUAAGGGAAAAACGCUGCCGGACCUGAUAUUACCCGUCGAGGAACGCAUCGAACGCUUGAGGGAGUUCCUUACGGACAUCGACAAUACUUUGCACUACGAAAUCGUGCCCAUCGACGAUCCGUUCGGUCCAACUCAGACGGAUCCAGACCUGGACAUGAUUGUGGUCAGUGCCGAGACACUGCGUGGCGGUCAGAAGGUCAACGAAAUCCGCAAGGCUAGGCAGCUGCGCAAUCUGGAGAUCUUUGUGAUUGACAUUGUGGAGAGCAAUGUGCACGACGGUAUCCACGAGGCGAAGGUCAGCUCUAGCAACACCCGCAUCGAUCUGCUGGGCACACGGUGGAAGAGGCCAGAGCUGCGACCACAGCUACCGGCACGACCUUAUAUUAUCGGUCUGACUGGAGGCAUUGCUUCUGGGAAGAGCAAAAUGGCAGAGAGACUAGGAAAUUUGGGAGCCCAUGUGAUCGACUGCGACAAAGUGGCCCAUGAUGUCUAUGAACCUGGUCAGGUGUGCCACGGUCGCAUUGUGGAAUACUUCGGAGCUGAUAUCGUUUCGCCAGAUGGGCGCAUUGACCGCUCUAAGCUGGGUCCUCUGGUUUUCAGUGAUCCCAAUAAAUUGCAGGCUCUCAAUAAUAUCGUCUGGCCAGAGCUUAUUGCAGAAGUUAAUAGACGACUGGACGUUUUGCGUUCCCAGACUGAGGUUCCUCGAGUAGUUGUCUUGGAAGCGGCCAUACUUUUGCGGGCCGGUUGGGAAACCAAUUGCCACGAGGUGUGGUCGAUGAUUGUGCCACCGGAUGAGGCCGUUAGGCGGAUCAUCGAACGCAAUAAGCUAAGUGAGGACGAAGCUAAGAAGCGCCUGGCCAGCCAGGUGCCCAAUUCCGAAAUUGUGGAAAAGUCACACGUAAUCUUUAGCUCGCAGUGGGAUUAUGACUUCACCAAGCUGCAGGCUGAGCGGGCCUGGAAAAUGCUCACCAAGGAUCUGGACUCUCACCAGAGCAGCCUUUAAAAUGUAAAAUUACCUGUAAACAUUGUUGAGCCACGUUUUGUUGAAUGAUUUCUUUAUGCAUUUGUUGUACAUUGCUUAGUUGUAAGUCCAAAGUUGAUGAAUAGAUUCGGGACAUCAAGGGGAAAA